UGAAUGCGCCUCGCCGCACCGGAAGACAAAGAAUAACAGUAGGUGGGAAAAUCGUGUUAGCAAGUAAGACACUAAAAGAAAAAAAGAAACCAUCAAGAAACCAUCAAAAUGCUUCCCCUGUCUCUGCUGAAGACUGCCCAGAACCACCCUAUGUUGGUGGAGCUGAAGAAUGGAGAGACGUACAACGGUCACCUGGUCAGUUGUGAUAACUGGAUGAACAUCAACCUGAGAGAAGUCAUCUGCACAUCCAGGGAUGGAGAUAAGUUCUGGAGAAUGCCUGAGUGCUACAUCCGAGGAAGCACCAUCAAAUAUCUGCGAAUCCCAGAUGAAAUCAUCGAUAUGGUGAAGGAGGAUGUGGUGUCGAAGGGGCGUGGACGUGGAGGCGCCCAGCAGAACAAACAGCAGGGCAAAGGAAGAGGAGCAGGUGGCCGAGGUCUGUUUGGCAGCCGUGGCCGAGGGAUGACUGGCCCUGGUCGGGGUCAGCAGCAGCAGCAGCAGCAGCAGUCGGAUAAGAAACCAGGAAAACCACAGGGAAUGAAGAACCAGCACUGAAGGACGACGCUGCACCUCUGACAACAUCCUGUUAAUCAUUGAUUCUUCCUUCUGCACAUGAAGAAAAAAAGUCUCUGUGGUGUGUUUUUUCUGCUGUGAUCUUUGUUAGGACUGAUUGUCACAGAAAUCUCACUGUGAGACGUUAAGAGAAGCCGUGCUUUUGCACUGAAUUUUGUUUUUUAACAUCUGGAAGUUGAUAUUAACAUUUUUUUAUGAAGAUGCCAGUGUAUCGGCCAGAGCUGGCAGACUCCUCCUUUAGCAUCAGUUUGUAUAUCGUUAUAACAAGAACAUUUUGUAUCAUAAACCACAUUAUCUAAAUUCCACUUUGCGUCUGUUGGUACACUGGGAAAACGUUUUUACUUUUAGUUUUUGGCGGUUGUCUCCUCAGGUGUAGUUUUCAUGGUGUAGUGGCCCAUCUUCUGUUGCAUGAAUACUUUGUUUUCCUUGUUGUUUGUGAAGUUUUGUGGUUUGAGACCUUUCUUUUUUGUAUGCUUGCUCCGCUGUCGGGUCAGUCACAGCAGGUGAACAGCAGACUGAUAACCAGGAGACACAAAUUCAGUCCCUGUAAAUUAACACUUCUGUUAAAGCGUUUGUAAGACAACCAGUUAGGAUAUCCAGACAAAAAGAUUCUCAUAUUCUUAAGUCUGAAAUGGAUAGAGUCCAACAUGUGACAUGUUGGUUGGGUUUCAUUUUAUUUUUGUAACAAAAGACGAUAUUGUAAUUUAUUUACAGGAGAACAUGAGAAUAAAACAGCUUUUGUUAAAGGAGUUGUAAUUA